AAUGGUUUUGCUGUACUAUUUUUUUUUCUUCUUCUUCUUCUACUUCAGUGAUUUAUAUAUAGCUAUAUAUUUAAAGCCGGUUUGUUUAUUCAGUAAGUCUUGCUAGCUAAAAGAAUAAGACAUUGACUGACUGGAGGAGAUUCACUUCCGGUUUGAUCAGGAAGUUAGAGAAGUCAGGAUGAAGAUUAAAAGACAGAAGCAGGUCAAGAAGACGAUCAGUUUUUAUAAAUAUAACUUUGGUUUUCGGGAACCGUUUCAAAUCCUGAUCGACGGGACUUUCUGUCAGGCUGCGCUAAAGAAUAAAAUCCAAAUCAAAGAGCAGCUGCCGAAAUAUUUUAUGGGGGAAGUUCAACUGUGCACCACUCAAUGCGCCCUGAAGGAACUUGAAACCCUUUCAAAAGACCUGUUUGGAGCUAAAUUAAUCCUGCAGAGGUUUCAGACCAGGAAAUGUAAACAUAAGGAGCCUGUUCCAGCCUCUCAGUGCCUGCUGUCCAUGCUGGGAGGCACAAAUGCACAUCACUACUUCGUUGCCACGCAGGACAGAGAGUUGACUACAGCGCUGAUGGAGAUCCCCGGUGUGCCCCUGAUCUACAUUAUCCUCAACACCAUGGUGUUAGACAAACCGUCAGCAUGUUCAGUGAAGCAUGUGGAAGCAGUGCAGCUGGGAGAGCUCGUGAGUCCUCAUCACCAGCACAGCCUGCAGAGCCUCAAAGCUGAGCAGGGCCUCAGUAAGGACGGUGAGGAGCGGCGGGGGAAAAAACGCAAGAGAAAGUCAGGCAACCCGAACCCUCUCAGCUGUUUGAAAAAGAAGAAGAAACCAAUGCCACAGCAACCCAAACAGACUGACGGAGAGAAGAAGAAGAAGAGGAGCAGGCACAGGAAGAGGAGCGCUCCUGGGCCGUCUGUUAGUGUGAACCCAAACCCUUCCGGUGCUCAGUCAUGACACAUCUUCUGUAUAUCAGCUGAUUGUAUAAGAAUCCCACUGUUUUUUACUAGUCAGAUUUUUGAAUAAAACUUGAAUCAAGA